CCCAGUGGGACGCGGUGCCGCUGCUCCCGGCCGCCUCUGCCGACCCGCCGGAGGGAGGACAGCGACGCGGAGCGUGGCUGGUGCGCGGCAGAGCGCGGGCACUAUGUGAAUUGUUCACCAGCCUACCAGCGCCUCACCAUGCCACGCAGAGUAGCGUGCCUGCUUCUGCUGCAUCUGAUGCAUAUCGCCUGCGACGGCGUGGUGGGCUCGCCGCGCGUGCGGGACGCGUGCGGCGUGUGCGGCGGCAGCAACGCCACCUGCCAGAUCAUCUCCGGCAUCUUCACCGAACCGUACCUGGAGGCCGGCUACCGGCUGGUGGCGCAGAUCCCGGCCGGCGCGUGCAGCAUACACAUCCAGGAGAUGGGCAUCACUGACAACUAUCUCGCAUUGCGAGACAUCCACAGCCGGUUCAUCCUGAACGGUGACUGGAACAUCGACAACUCCGGCACGUACAAGGGCGCCGGCGCCAGCUUCGGGUACCAGCGCCAGACGGAGCGCACCGGCGAGCGGAUCUCAGCGCUGGGGCCCAUCGCCGAGCCGGUGGACAUAGUGAUCCUGUACCGGCAAGCCAACCGCGGUAUCAAGUACGAGUACGCCAUCAAGAGGAACAACUCCCUGAGCUCAGUGCUGCCCCGUCUGCCGAGCGCUACCGGUGUCGCGCAGGUGCCGAGGCCGACGCUGGCCGACCAGCAGCGCCAGCCGGCGCCCAGCGCCGUGGCGCCACCGCCACCGCCACCUCGCGCCAGAGGCGGCGCUGGGUUUGUGUCGUCGCUCUACCAGCCGGCUCAGCGGCCAGUCAGGCCAGGCCGGACCCGGCCCCGGCCGGGGGGCCCCUCCGCCGCCGGCGCCGGCGCCCGGGCCGGAGCCCGCCGACGCCGUCGACGCCGACGCAAUCGGUUCCAGUGGGUGGUGACCGGCUUCUCGGCCUGCAGCAGGUCGUGCGGCGGAGGAACGCAAAUCGCCGAGGUGGUGUGCAUGAGAAGGAAACGGAAGCAGCUGGCUCGCAACAGGAAGUGUGACCCCCGCCGGCGACCGAAGCCAAAGGCGACGCCGUGCAACACCUUCCCGUGUCCAGUCAGCAGCUGGGAGCCGAACCCCUGGUCAGCAUGCAGCAGCACGUGCGGCACCGGCCACCAGACGCGCACGUUCCUCUGCGUGCGCGCCGGCCAGCCGGUGGAGGUGACGGAGUGUGAGGGACGCCCAACGGAGCCAGAGGUGCAGGAGUGCGACGCCGGGCCCUGCCCGGCCAACGCCCGCUGGCAGAUCGGACAGUGGAGUCCGUGCUCGGUCAGCUGCGACUGGGGCAGCCGGACCCGUCGCGUGAGCUGCGCCGAACCGGGCCGCUGUCCGGCGACGGAGCGGCCGCGCGACACGGCACCGUGCCGCCUCCAGCCCUGCCCGCAGCAGGUCCACAGCGACCACCGCCCGGCCGGCUGGAUGACCACCGACUGGACCGACCAGUGUUCGGUGGAGUGCGGCCAGGGCGUGCAGUGGCGCGGAGUCACGUGCGGCGGCGACGUCGGCCGAUGCCAGCCGGGCUCCCGGCCCCAGCAGACACGGCCCUGCAAGACGGACCGCGGCUGCGGCGGUAUCUGGUUCACUGGACCCUGGAGCCAGUGCUCCCACGAGUGCGGCGACGGCGGCCAGGCCACACGCACCGUGCUCUGCAUUCGGCGCACGGACGCCGAGUUCGCCGUGGCGGCGGAGCGGGCGUGCGCCGCCACGGCGCGGCCGCCGGACCGGCAGCCGUGCGGCGGCGGCGCCGGCUGUCCGCCCCGCUGGUUCGUCACCGAGUGGGCCGCCUGCUCGGCCACCUGCGGCAUCGGUCGGCAGCGGCGCACCGUCGCCUGUGUCGACGCCGAUGGAGAGCUGGAGAGGGAGACUCCGGCGACCAACCAGCCGGAGGAGCAGCUACCCACGAAUGAGCUGGAGAGCGAGCUUCUGGAGACAAAUGAGCUGGAUGGGGAGCCCCGCUUCACAUUCGAGCUGGACGAGAAGCCUCCCUCCGCAAAUGGCCUCCGGGGAGCACCGUUCCCCGGGCAGGCGCCAGCCGAGAACACAUUGGUCACUGAUGACUCCUGCACGGAUAAGUUCAGCUACUGCUCGUUGGUGCAACAGGCAAGACUGUGCAAAUACAAGUACUAUAAAAACUCGUGUUGCGCCGCGUGCAGAGGCGCUCGGUAGACCUCCAUUUCAGAAGUUGGCACGUGAGUGACGAGCACCAGCGCCAUCUUUCAGGCGAUUGCUGUGCCAUCUGUGCGCUUACGGAGGAACUCACUCAAGCUAAAUUGACUGACAGCGGUGGUCCAUAUACGAGUGACGUGCUGCGCGUGGGAUGGGGCCGGCGGCCAGUGACGGCCACCAGAGCGCGGCGCGCACUGCUCUAGCUGUGUGAAUAGUGCUGCCUGUCUUCUGAUGAGGACACCUUGCUGUGCCUGCUUCUGCGCUGCCCGUGCGAGGUCGCCCUACCGGCGUCGGGCGCGGGUCCGUGGCUGGCGCUGCUCAGCCCGCAGCCAGGACCACUGUGUAGCUGACUAAUAAACGUCUUCAGACGGCAGUAAUCUCGGGCCGGCGCCGUCCUGUGCUGGCGCGCACCCGGCAAUCUUCUCUGUACAGCUGCACGGACAGCCACUGUCAGACACCGUGUAGAAGGCUGAGCGCCGCAGCUCUUAACAGUGUUUCUAUUACCUUGUUCUUAAUUGAAAUAGGCCGUCAGGUGUAUUUAUGGUAAAGGCUGGCGCACGUGAGUGGCUCGAGGCGGCGUGGUGUUUGAUGAAGAAGUAUGAAUUUGACGAUGUUCCGCGCCGCACAUGGUUCUGUCUAAUGUUUGUUGCUGAGAACACGAAAGAACAUUGAGCAUGA